CCUCAAAAAGUUGUUUUCCCGCGAAUUUAAUAAAGUUUAUAGUGUUCCGGGUGUGUGACAUUGAUAAGUUUUGUUAAUUUAUUGAAAUAGAUAAAUAUUUUGUUUUAUUAUUGUUUUUUGUUGAUUGUCAACGUUAGUCAACAUUGUUUAGAUGAAAAUGCGCUUUCUGGGAUAGAUGAAAUUUGUGUGUAUAUAACAAUUUUCAAAGGUUAUGUCAAGUUUAAACACGUCAAACAUACAUUAAAAAGUUUCUUUGUGUGUCUUAUCAUAAAAUAUCCUUUUUUUUAUGAAAGAACAAUUUUUUUGAUUUUCUUUGGUGUCCUUGAAUUUAAAGUGAUUUAAUAAAUUAUGGAGGAGCCUGUUAAAGUUGAGGAAUCCAGUGCAGAAAUUGUUGCGAUGCCGAAAAAAAAAACUCUAAAGCAGGCACGAUUAUCAUUUCAAAUGUUGAGUUCUGCUGAAUCGCCAAAUGUGAACAAGAAGCGUAAACUCGCGUCUCCAACACUUGUUGAAUGUAAAAGUCCAAAAUUAUUGAAAACAAUGAAUAAACAAAAUUCAUUUGACUCGCCAAAAACAAAUGUAGUAAUGGAAGUUAUCGAUCUUGAUAAUGACGAUGAAAAGGCUAGUGAACAAUUAAAUAAUGAGAAAUCAGUAAAUGAUGAAACAAUCGACAAUAAUGAAUCGUCAAACAUACAAAUUACUCCAAAGUCAAAAACAAAAAAACCCGAUGAAAAAUCAACUGUUAAAUUGGGUUCGCUAACACGUUAUCUCACUAAAACUGAGAAUAAAGAGUUAUCGAAAAAUAAAUCUGAAUCACUUAAAGAAAAUGUAAAACCUAAAUUGACGAAUAAUUCUGAAUUGGAAGAAAUGAAAACACCAAUUGUAAUUGUCGAAAGAAUUUUGGAUAAUACAAAAGUCACCAGUGAAUCAACAAUAGAGGAGAAUAUUGAAAAAGAUGAAAGUGAAAAAGAUGAAAUUGAUUUGGAACAGGAGAAUGAUAUUUCGAAAUUUGAAUCGGAUAGUGAAAGUUCUGAUGAUGAUCAAGUUACGGAUAAUAAAACAGAUGUGGAUGAAUCUGAAGAGAAGAGAAAAAAUAAUGAAUUAUUGACACCACGUUCAAAAAAAGAAAUUGAAUUGAAACAAAAGAAAAUGACACCAAAACAAUUGGAAAAACAAAUGGAGAAACAAAAACGUAAAGACGAGAGAAAACAAUUAAGACUGGAAAGGGAAAGAAAAAGAGACGAGGAACGUGAAAAUCGCAAGAAAUUAAAGGAUAAAUUAAAGGAAGAAAAAAAGAAAGAGAGAGAAGAAAAGGAAUUAAAGAAGCAAAUGGAAAUUGAACAAAAGCAAAAGGAGAAGGAGGCAAAAAAAGAAGAUCAACGAAAACGCGAAGAGGCAAAAGAAGAAGAGAAACGAAGAAAAGAAGAAGAGAAAUUGGAAGCCGAACGAAAAAAGCAAAAAGCCGCUUCAACUUUUGUCAGUUUUUUUGUGACAAAAAAACCAUCAUUAGAAAUCAAGACUGAGCAAAAAAAGAUUAUAACAAAUAAUUUUAUGCCAUUUGAAGUGAAAGCCGAUAUGAGAAUUGCACCGGUUUGUCGACGAUUUAUAACUAACGAUGAGAGGCAAAAAUUUGACGAAAAUCAUGAGAAUCAAUCAUUGGAUAAAUGUAAAUUAUAUUUGGGUGAAAUAAAAAAUAAAGAAUAUGUUAGAAGAAAAUCGGGAAAAACAUGGCCACCGGAGACAAAAGAGGAAGACGACGAUGACGUUGUAAUAUUAGAGAAUGAAAACAAGGAGGAAAAAUAUAAUGUUGUGGAUCGUGGAAAUGUCACCGUGGAGAAACAUCGUGCAAAAUUGCUCAUGUUCAAUGAAAAUCGACGACCUCCCUAUCGAGGAACUUGGAGGAAGAAAAGUUCUUUAAUCACUCCACGAAAACCAUUCACCAAAGAUGUGAAAUGGUUCGACUAUGAAGUUGAUUCCGAUGAAGAGUGGGAGGAGGAGGAACCAGGAGAGUCUCUACAUGGUUCGGAUGACGAAAAAGAUGAAGAGAAUCCUGACGAUAAUGAAUAUGAUGUCGAUAAUGAAUUCAUGGUUCCUCAUGGAUAUUUAUCAGAAGAAGAAGCACAGGCGGAAGAUGACGAGGAUAUGAACCCGGAAACACAAAAAUUCAAACUCAAAAUUUUGGGUGAACAAUUUGAAGCUGAAAGAAAUGCUAAAACAACUCAACUCAAGCCAAAAGUUAUUGGUUGCAUUUGGCAAAAUUCUGAUAAUUCGUAUGCGUCAAACAUUCACUCUCAAGUUUUACAAUUGCUGAAAGAUCGUGAAAUUUGGAUAAACGAGAUACCAAUAAAUUUACAAUCGACAGCCGACAAUGAGAGUUUGAAUGGAAGUGAAUGUGGAACACCAUCGGGACGAUUGAGUACGGGUCCGGGUGCAAAAAAAACCCGCGUCCCCGAAGAAGCAUUACCUGAUUUAAUUCGAUUAGUUCAUGGAAAUGUAAAUGGUCGUGGAUUUCUUGUUAAAGAAUUCAUGUGCUUUUGGACAAAGAAAAAUGAACUUCGCGUCUCAAAAGUGAGUGUAUCGAAAAAAAUUCGCGAAAUAGGAAGAUGGACCGCAUGCCUUGAAGAGGGUCCAAUGCAUCAAAAAAAUUGUUGGAUGGUCAAUGAGGAGGUACGUAAAAAAUAUUUAAACACUGAAGAUUGUGGUUUGCCAAAUCGAUGGAAUUAUAUUUUAACACCGAAGCGACGAAUCGAAGUUGUGACAGCGGCUGUGGCAGCUGAUCUUCCGGAAAAAAUUGAGAAAGACGACAAGGAGAAGGAUAAAGAAAAGGAGAAAAAGAGCGUUCCACUAAUUACUCAAUUUACUAAGAAGUUCACUCAGGAAGAAAUGAAGAAACAACUGUCAGAGAUAACGGCUACAAAAUCAACAACACCAACAGUAAAUAAAAAACGAGUCGCUUUGAUUUCCGUUGGUAGAGGUGAAAAAUUUCCCAAAUCACCGCGAAUGAGUUUACUUAAUAAAUUUAUGGUUGGCGAUAAUGCAAAUCAAAGUAAAACAAAUGCAAAAAAAAUUGAUGACAAUGAUGAUGAUAUUAUGAUAAUAGAGGACGAUAAGAAGACAAAUGAAAUAAAAAAUACUAUUGAAAAGGAAAAAAAAUUAUCAAAUAAAGAAAAAGAAGAAGAAGAAGAAGAAGUAGCAACAAAGGUGGAAAAUACUAAAGCAAAGGAAAUUGAAUCAGAAGAUGAUUGUAUAAUGAUUUUGGAUGACUCGCACGAAGAGAAGAGCGAAAAAGCAAAUUUAGAUAUUAUUGAUAAAAAUGAAAGCUCUUUAAAAAUUGUUAUUAACGAUAGUGAAAAAAUUAAUGAAACAAAAAAGGAUGAAUGUAAAAUGGAAACAUCGACUUCUGAAUGAUAUUAAAUUUAAAAAAAAUGAUAAAAAAAUUUUUUUUGUAGAAGAUCAGAAAAAAUGUUUUUAAGUUGGAAAAAAAGAAAAUGGCUUCUUUAAAAUUGCUAACACGAUAAAUUACUUUUUUGUAUAUUAUAUUAAAGUGUAAAGCGAUUUGUUAUUUGUAACAAUUAGAAUAUAAAUGUUACUAUUGUUUUGUCGCAUUUACGUCGUUAAACGUAAAUUAUGUAUAAUUUUCAAUUUAAUUAUAUAGUUAUUUCUUCAGCUUCAUCAAUUCGAUUACAGUUUAUAAAUGUUAUUUUAUUAGGUGUUA